AUGGGCCAGCUGGUGCAGCUGGUCGGAGGACUUGCUGCACGUAUAGAGGAGAAGUCCGGCGGUGCCACGGAGGGCGCCGCUGAAAGCGGCGGCGCCGUGGAGAGCGUCGCCACAAGCACUGCAGGUCAUUUUGGGACCGUGCAGUACGACGGGAGCGCGCAGGCAGCGGACCUGCGAAGAGAGUCUGGUCCUUCGGGACGACACAGCGGCGAAGUAGGGGGUUCAGACCCCCAAGAGGUGAGAGUAGCCGCUGCUCACAAUCAAGCUUGUUUCAGCAGCGCCAUGGGAAGUGGUGCUAUGUCUUCGGUAGUGCGAGCAUGGAUGGGAUACCAAAGCGUGAAGUACACAGCGCCCACGUUUGGCGGAGACGCCAAGAGUUUUUCUUCGUGGUUAGAAGAUUUUUUUAUGGCAGCGAAGACAGCAAACCUUCUUGAGCUUUUCGAGGAGGAGGGGGCGGAGAUCCCCGUAAACAGUGGGCAGAGCAAAGUCCAACUGUCCAGGUUUUACCCGCACGACAAAGUAGAGCUCGCUUUCCACGCGUGGAAUUUCCUCCGUGGAGCUCUCAAGGACGAGAAAGACAGGACAAUAAUGAAGCGAGCUGAGUCGCCCCUGGGGGCGCUCCGUGAGCUGAAGGGGUUGUACGACCCAGAAUCGUCCAUGCAGCCUGCGGAUGAGUUAAAACCUCUGACAUCCAAGACGAUCCCGAUGGCAGAGAAUCCGCAACAUGCUCUCAACAGUAUGCUCGCCACCGCAGAGUCCCUUUCGAAACGGGGCCUUGAUGUUAGCGAAACCUUCGUUUUGCACCUCUUCUUGAAUGCCCUCUCCAACGAGUACGCUUUGACCAAGCACGCCCUCAGACACAAGGAGAGGUUGACAAGGAGU